GUCACAUCCGGUCGAAGCUCGUCCUGUUUCCUGCCUUUGCGAGAGGGAGGGGACGGUGUUGACGGCCUGGGAGGACGAAAGGAGAGACAAGAAAGCUAUAGGGAAGCUAUUAGAAAGAGGGGAACGGCCCAGGUAUCCACCGUCCGUCGGGAUAUAAACACCCCACAUUUCUGUAGCUGCUGAAAUUGUCACCGAAUCGGCGCUGAAAAUGUCUGCCACUCGUAGUCUUAGCAAGAGCAGGGCCAUCCCGACCAGGACGGUGUUGAUCAACGACGCAACGCAGCUACCUCAUGACUAUUGUACCACCCCUGGAGGCACUUUAUUUUCUACCACUCCCGGAGGAACCCGGAUCAUCUAUGACCGAAAGUUCCUGCUGGACAGGCGUAACUCUCCCAUAGCCCAGACUCCCCCAGCUCACCUGCCUGUUAUCCCUGGAGUAACCAGCCAACAUGUCCUGAGCGAGAACCAGAAGAACGAAGCCAACAACCACAUCAACAACCAUGAUGGCAAGCCCGCAACCGGUGAGGAUGCCCAGUUUGAAAUGGACAUCUAACAGUCUGGAACCUCACCAGCAGAAGCAAAUGACCUGGCAUAACCCGUGCCAGAGGCUUGGCUUGUAGAAACCAAUGUUGUGAGCCCUCAUGGCAGCCAUCUUCUUUAGCUCUCUGUCUUGCUGCUGGAUGUAAUGUGUGUGUGUGUAAACCAUUGAGAAUUCAGUACAUCAUACAUAACAGGUGCAACUCUGGAAGCUAGGUCUGUUUGUAUUGGCUUCCACGGUUACCAGUCACUACCACACAGUUAGGGAGCGGGCCUGAAUAUUAAUUACCCAGACACAUUGUCCAAUUAGUGGAUUGCAGUGCUCAUCUUACAGCUCUCUGCGUAUCAGGAUGAAAAACAGAGCUCACAGUAAAACUGAUAGUCAUCCAACAUUAAGGGAGGAAGUUUGUACUAAGUGGUAAUCUCUGGUAUUGGCCUUAGAAUCAGUCAAAAGCUUUGAUAUUCAUCACAGUCUUUAGUUUGUAAGAUCCUCGUAAGCAUGUUUAUUUAAGUGAUUUUGUUUUUGAAAGUACUUGAAAAGCUCCACAAUCUAAUAUUGGUUGUUUGGUCUGUUUAGUUUCCUGUGAUGGUCUGUAAAGGGAUACUGUGUUGUUUUUAUUUUGCAAUGAGGUGAAGAUAUCAUGCCAUUCCAACAUUUAAGUAACCUGUAGUGGCGUUUUGUCAUAAAAAACUCAAAGAAUAAUCAAAAUGUCCAACUCAAACUUUAACUAAACAUAAUGAUGCACUGUGGGGAUGUGACGUUCGCAGGCAAAAGAAGUCCAAUGUAAAAGUUCAGGGGUUUCCAAUGGUUUAUUUGAAGGCAAGCAAGCAAACAAAAAGAACAAAGAAAAUCAUGGUUCCUGCUGAUAAAUAAUCAAAUAGCUCCAACACUCAGCUCCCUAAUUGUGCAUAAUAUCACAAUUACAAGUAUCUUCAAAAAAGGAGCUACUCCUGCCACAUUAAAUAUGAAUCAGGAAUAUUCUACGUGUCCUGCAUUAAACCUAACUAUGUUGUCUCCUUGACGAACCUACAAGAAAAACAAGUUAGAUAGAGAGAGAGAUAGAAAUAUAGAAAGAUAGAGUCAGUCCAUGAUGACAGAUUGCUGCCUCCAGUAGCAAACAGAGCUUUGUUACAGGCCUCUCCAGAAUAGGUUAAAAACGAUCGAACAAUAACACAAGAGUGUUUUGUUCUGAAAAUGAACCAUAUGUUUAAAUUUUUUUUUGGUGAUCCAACACUCUUGAGACCUUGUUAUGAAUCUAUUUACACAUUUAUCUCCUGUCAAGAGGAGUCAACAAUCUCUCUCCAUAUUUGACGGUUACUUUUUGUCCUGGAAACAGAUCUGUUUUCACAAUUUCAACAUCAUUUCCAGUAAGACUUUGCAACAUCUGCCAGGUGUUUUUACAUAUUCGUACCAGAUCAACUUUUCAGAUAAUGUGGAAAAGGUUAAUAACGAAAUGUGAUUUUUUUUUUUUGGGUGGACAAAAAUAAUUUGAAACUUGAACAAAACCAGAUGUUUUAUAUGCAUUUUAUUUUGUAAUACAGCUAGUGUUGAGGGGAUUCGUUUGGAUACAAGCACUGUCAAGCCUUUGGAUUUGUUCCAAGUGUUAAGGAACUAGGAUAUAUUAUUUCAAUGAGGCUUGACUCACGCUGACCCUCAAUCAUCAAAUCUGUCCUCAGUGUCCUUAAUCUGUUAAACAUUACCUUUAUUGCUCAUGUGUCAUGCCUGCCCAUGCCUUACUUCACAUCAAUGCAGUACUAAGACUAGGUUCUUUGUUGUCAAUUUGUACUUUCCAACAGAUAUUUAUUUUUUCACUGCAACAUUGAACAGGCUACAUUGUACUCAGAAAUUGAGCAAAGCAAAUAGGUUUUGUUUCUAUCCUAAUUAAUUUCUUCAAGAAGCAGCUGUGAAGUUUGAAAGUAUGAUGGCGUACAUGUACUGUUUUGAUUUCCAAGCUCAGAUGGCGGUGUGGUUUAGAGUGCCACAUGUUCCGGCAGCCCCAGUAAUUUGUUGGGAUUUUUUUACACCACAAUCCUCAGCUAAAUAUACUCAGACCAAGAAACUGCUCUGAGCUGGGUAAAUGAAUCACCCAGGAUCUCUUGUUUUUCAUUUGUAUGACUGGAGCCCCUGAAUGGCUGAAAUGAUGUCUAUCAAAGAUUUUUGUUUUUUCUUCCUGGCUUUGUAAUUCAUUCUGGCUGUGUGUGCUGACCAACAUGUUGAGGGGUUGCUUUGAACCAAUUUUUUCAUUGCACAUUUUGAAGCAGUAAAACUCUUUCUAUCCAGCAUCAUAAUUCAAAUUGCAGAUUUAUUUCAAAUCAGUUUGGUUUGACAAUGAGGGCUUAAUAUUGUGUGCUGAAAGAGAUUUGAAACAAACUUACUGUAACUUUCUGUUCUGAUUUUGAAUAACUUUAUUUCAGAUGAAACUACAAUGCCACUGGACAUUGUUGCUGCAAGAUCAAUAAAGUUCUGUAACAAAUAAAAAAAGGUGUUUUGUUUUUAA